UUUCUUGUACGUUCAUCAAUUAGCUUCUCGCAAAAAGAAUCGAAGAUUCGCUCAUCUCCUCCGAAUAGAUUCACGGUGAGUCCUUUAGCUUCAAUCGCUUUGCGCUAGGUUUAAAUCUCAGUCCCAAUACUAACUCGCUUAAUUGGGGAAACAAUCGAACUCGUAUCCUCCCCGUUCGGAGCAAUCGCUUCGCGUUUAUCGUUGCGUCGGCGAUUUUGUUUCUGAUCGCGUUCGGUUCUUGAGUUGUUCUGACAGAACCAAAAGCCCUUGUUGUUUGUUCCCAUGCUUGAAGAUCUAUAACUUUGUUAACGGUUUCAGCUUUCUCGUUUUUCCGUUUCAACAGUUGAAGUCGGAAUAGAUAUGCAACCAGAAGGGGGGAAAUCUAAAAUGUCACAUCCCGGGAAUACACCAAAAGCAUUUACUGGGGAAGAUGGAAGCCCGGAGAAGCAUCGUUCAGAUUCCCUCACCACAGGCAAGACUGGGCAGCUUGUUGAAGUGUAUCACAAAUGUGGAUCCGUGUCAAGGGGCCAGCUCCAGCAUGGUGCUGAUGGAAUAGUUCUAGAGAUGCCAUCUGCGCUAAUGUUACUAGCGAUAGGGGAGUUUGAGAGGAUUCCACCAACCAAGACGAUCAUUGUUCCUGCCGAUGAAAUCUCGAAAGUUGAAUAUGUCGAGAAGCACCGGUGGCGUAGGGGGGAGGAAGAGGAUUGGUUACUGUCUGCAUUGAGCAGCGCUUACAAUCAUAUGAACUUGAUUGCUCAUGAUGAUGGAAGCCCGGAGAAGCAUCGUUCAGAUUCCCUCACCACAGGCAAGACUGGGCAGCUUAUUGAAGUUUAUCACAAAUGUGGAUCCAUGUCAAGGGGCCAGCUCCAGCAUGGUGCUGAUGGAAUAGUUCUAGAGAUGCCAUUUGCGUAUCUGAAACGAGUGACAGGAGAGAUUGAGAGGAUUCCACCUAUCAAGACAGUCUUUGUUCCUACCGAUGAAGUUUUGGAAGUUGUAUAUGUCGAGAAGCACCGGUGGCUUAUGGGAGGGGGUGAUUUACUGCCUGAAUUUGUAGACGCUGUGUUUUCCACUAGAGGGCUGGAUACCCAAAAGCUUUAUGGUGCAAAGAUAAUCCCGAGUGUUCAAGACUACGUGCCGCGUGACUUAGGGAAUCUCGAGAUAGAGCGGAUGACCCGGGAGGCUCGGCAACCCACGAAUGUAGCUAAUGACGUCCCGCUAGACAUUCCGACUCACAGAUAUGGCCCUGGUUCAUUUGAUAUACACGGGCUUCCAAAUCUAUAUCUUGGAACGGUAGUGGGACUAUUAGGGGGAAAAUCUACCGGAAAAACAACCUGUCUCAAGAUUUUGGCUGGGCAGCUGAAGCCAAAUCUUGGACGGUUUGAGGAUCCUCCGGAGUGGGAUGAAAUUAUUGACCACUUCGAUACCGAACACAUACGGACCUACCUGACCCGACUUCAGACAAACACACUUAAUGUGGCUCUGAAGUCACAAGACCUGACAGUCUAUAGGAGUUCUUUAACAGUCAGAACCUCUCUUGAAGAAUCCAAGGGGACUGGUUUUGAUUCGAUGGAGGAACUUAUCGAGGAUUUAGACAUGACCUCCAUGCUUGACACCUGUGUCACCGAUUUGUCUGACGCAGAGUUGCAAAGAUUUGCAAUUGCAUCCACAAUUGUACAGAUGGCAGAUGUUUAUCUCUUUGAUGAACCAACGAUCUUUCUAGAUGCGAGGCAAAAGUACCAAGUUGCACGGGUGAUUCUGUCGGUGGUCAAGCCUGAUAGAUAUGUUUGCAUAACAGAUAAUGAUACGAGUGUGCUCAUAUCUUAUACACUGGCGAGGAAACAACCUCUGGUGAUGUGCACUUAGAGCAUUAUCCUCUCACUCUUGAAGAGCUCAGUGAAGAGAUCGUGACUCCACCAACUUAUAGAUACCCAGAAACAGUAGUUAAAGGUGGAACCUUCAGCCUUCACGUGAUGGGAGGAGACCUACGAAGCUCUGAAAUAACCGUAGUAUUGGGAAAUACGCACACAGGGAAGACGUUGUUUCUGGAGUGGCUGAACCGUAUAAGUGUUGGACAAGAUUUCUCUCACAAAGAUCAGAAGAUGAUUAAAUGUGAGAAGAGGCAUGAUACAGUGGCAACACACUUGUAUAGGUUGAUUCGAUUUUCAUUAGUGGACAGAGUAUUCCAGGAAUUGGUGCUGAAACCACUUGGCAUCGCAAAGAUUCUUGAUAAAAGGAUCAAGGAAGUGUCUCAAUCCACUUUGCAAAAGAUCGCCAUUGCUACAUGCUUGGGACAG